UAUAUAUGUAUGUACAAAGAUGGGAUCACUCGAUCGCCCUCCUCCCCAGGCAAAGCUGCAGCUGCAAACUAGCUGAUGCGAGACACCGGUGACCACGCACCGACGGGCAACGAGUGAGACCUCCGCAUCAACGACCAACCGCGAGCCAAGCGACGACCGACACAGUCACACAGGAUGGCGGCGCACCAUAUCCUCCUCUUGCUCGCCGCGCUGCUCCCGGCGGCGGCCACGGCGGACCCCGACGCCGUGCAGGACUACUGCGUGCCGGACGCCGCCGGGCGCGGGCGGCCCCUGGAGCUGGCGCUGCUGCCGUCCUACCCGUGCCGGAGCCCCGCCAACCUGACGGCGGCCGACUUCGCCUUCGCCGGCGUGCGCGCCGCGGGCAACUUCUCCGCGGACACGGGCUUCGCGGGGGUGUCCGUCACGCCCGCGCAGUUCCCGGCGCUGCACACCCUGGGCGUCUCCUUCGCCCGCGCCGACCUCUCCGCGGCGGGCGGGGUGAACCCGCCGCACUACCACCCGCGCGCCACCGAGACGGCGCUCGUCCUGGCGGGCCGCGUCUACGCGGGCUUCGUCGACUCCGGCGGCCGCAUCUUCGCCAAGGUGCUCGAGAAGGGGGAGGUCAUGGUGUUCCCCAGGGCCAUGGUGCACUUCCAGAUGAACGUCGGCGACGAGCCGGCCACGGUGUACGGCACGUUCAACAGCGAGAACCCCGGCAUCGUGCGCAUCCCGGCCACCGUGUUCGGGUCCGGGAUCAGCGCCGGCGUCCUCGAGAGGGCGUUCGGGCUCUCCCCGGCGGAGCUCCGCCGGCUCGAGAAGAGGUUCGGCCCGCCCAAGACCAAGCUGUCAGAGAUGGACGAUUAGGUAGUUAGUUAAUCAGCUGGUGAAGUGGUGAUCAGAUCAGCCAUUGUGGUGGCGCAUGGUUAAUUACUAGUUUUGAAUUGUUAAUGUGAUGAUGUUGUAGUAUGAUAUGAAUUAUUUGGCGGUGGUUGUGGUGGAUCGAUAUUGUGAUAUAGACUUGAAUGAUUAGAGGCUUUUGAUUUGGAGGUGUAUGUUGGUACAGAUGGGCAGUUAGGUGUCACACUCGAUAGAGUGUGAAUUGUCUAUGACAUGUUUAUCUUAAACAAAUUGGUAAAGAAGAUCGACUUUUAGUUUGUUGUGCA